AUCUAGUAAUCCAUCCACCCAUCAUCUAUGUACAUAGUAGUAUAGUGAACAAAGCAUAGGGCACAGUGACAGUAUCAUUUGUUUUUUAUUUUUAUUUAUUUGUUUGUUCCUUUAUUGCUAGGAUCAAACCUACAAUGCACAUCUGAGACACAGGCUCUAGCACUGAACCAAGCCCCAGCCCCAGGACAGUGAUGGAGGAGGUGGUUUCUAGUGCUGGUUUUUUGUUUGUUUGUUUGUUUGUCCUCUGGUUGAAAGAGAAUCACCUCUGUUUUAAAGGUCUUUGUUUGUCAUAUGGACUUACUUUAAAUAUACAGGUAAGAAUACGGUUGUUUAGUGCUUUAUUAAAAGCCCGUGAAGCUGCUACGUAGAGUAUAGAGUAGUGCUUGCUCAGCGUUACUCCCUAAGGGCUCUCCAUUCUUCAUACAACACUGUACCUCUUCUGUAAAACACCCCCAAAGCUGCCAAGAACUGUCGGCCCCCAGGCUUCAGAGCAAAGAUUUUUGUCAUGCUUCCUGAGCACACCUCCUGUUCUCCAGCACAUGCCUAAACACAUUGCCACGCCCCGUAGGAGGCUAUGGCUAGGUGUGCUGUCUUGGAUGUUGGUGGUACUGUGAGGGUGCUCCUGUACCCUUUGGGGAGCUCUUAUUUUCUAAAAGUGCUUGCAGCCAAACUAGAAUCCUGCCAGGCCGGUCUUCAACUUUCAAAUAUUAGGAGUCAGCAAGACCUAUGUGUACAUUGCACUGCUUGCCGUUGAUGACUUACAGUUGAUGAGUUACAGUUCAGAGGACUUGUUUUGCAAACGGGGAGAAUUCCCACCUGAGUUUUGAACGAAUAAGAGUGAAAAUCACUACCACCUACACUUCCAGUGGUGUGAACUAGACUUACAGCUUUGUAAACACACCAGGCAUUUGUUAAAUGAGUGUGCUCCGAGGGCGCAAAGAUAUCUACACUGAAUCCCAGUAGGUCUCAGGAUGAGAGCACUAACACAUCACAAAUCGGGUUCCUAGCUCACAAGCGGCAGCCAAGCAAGCAGGUCAUAGGGAUGAGAUGCUGCAUUCAAAGUCAGAUUUUGCAUUUAUUUGGCUGCUCAGUGGAGCGGGCAGAUGUUCCUGUUCUCAGAGGUUCAGUAGCCAAGCAGGUUCUUCCAUCUCAAAAGCUACUUUUUGAGAUAGGAGAGUGAGUGGCUCUUCCUUGCGUCUCAGCUGACUUUCUGCUCACCGGUUGGGCCAUGGGGAGCCUACAGUUGAUCCUGGUGAUCUUUGUCUUACUCUCCCACAUUCCAUCAGUCAGAAGUGGAAUGAAUAUUUACAUAAAGCGACUUUUCUCUUCGUGCUGGGUAGGAAAAGGCGUUUGCAGGUCUUCAUGUUCAGGAGAUGAAUUUUUUCACAUUCUCUGUGGUACUCAUUACCUCUGCUGCAUAAACAAAAAGGACAUGCCCAUUCUCUUUGUGAAGUAGCUGUGAGUAUCAGGGCCUCCCACGGGUGUGCCUGGGAAUCCCGAGACACUCAGUGGGCACUCUGCCACAUCCUCUUGACUCCUUUGUCCCCAGAGGACAGGGGUACAGGGCACACAGCAGGCAAGUUUGCAGUGGUUGCAAGAUCCUAUGGCUUUAGCCUGCCAGUGUUUCUGUGUGCUUUGUUUCUUGGUUGCCUUUCUUUAGGAAAUACUUUAAAUUAAAUUCCUUGACACCAGUAUUUUUCUCAUUACCCCACAAGAGACAUUUUCUAAGAUGCCUCUGAAAGAAAGAUCCUAGCGCCCAUUUUUAACCUUCUAAUAGUGGAAUGACCCAGCAGUUACUUCCUUAAAAUGUAUUUUUUGUGGGGCUGCUGAUGGAGCCCCAGGUC